ACUUCGAAGUUUUCGAACUGAGAGGUUCGAAAUUCAUGGCAGAUUUUGGAAAUACCGUUAAUUUUGCUAAUUAUGCAAUAAAAAAAAUAGUUGUACAAGUUUUGACUUCAUUGCUCCAAUUCAUUUUGAAAACUCCAGUUAGGCAUCUUCUGCUCCAGGCCCCGACCAAAUGUCGGAUACUUCAAACGACUUCAGUUUGUGCAUCCGAAGGCGGCUGGCUUUAUGGCCAGAACAGUGACAAUGAACAAAGUCUAAAAUCUGGUUGCUAACUCAGCUAACAGAUAUGACGAUAUCGUGUGCAUUCUUGAAGCAAUUGGCGUGACUUUUAUCCACGUUAUGCUCCUUUGUGGAUGAGGGAAUGUGAGUAACUCUCGGCGCUCGCUCAACUGUCGAAAAACCGAAACUUGUUGGAGACCCAUGCAAUAUCCUGUUCGGUGUGCUGAUUUUGAUUUUGAAUACCAGGACAUGCAAGUGACCCGCAGUUGCUAGAUUUUACAUUUGGCAGUCCAUGCUGAAGGACGGAAAAUGUCCGAUUAUCCGCUGGUGCAGAAAACUGGCCGAAAGCGUGUGUCAGACUUACCAAAUAUGGAUGGCAGUGCGCAGCAUGAAUUGCAGCUGCGAUGGAGACUGAAGCCGCAGGAUGGAUCGAAUCCCUCCGUUGAUUUGUGGCACGAAGUCUGGCUCCCAGAAGAACUGGUCAGUACGAAAAUGUGUGGAUUUCGAAUUGCGGACGAUAUCGAAACCGAGGAGCUUCUGACAACCGCCGCCACCAGCCCGGCUCGACUGCGAGGAAAUCAUUUUAGCGGUCCGUUUAAUGUGCAGAAGGGUGUUGUCCACGCUCGCACUGUUCUCGAUCACCGUCAAAGUCCUCUCCUCACGUUGGAUGGCGCUGAACAAAUGGAGUAUCGCGUUGUGAUUAGCGCAUUCGGAAGUGAAGAAAUGAUCUGGUUGCCUGCCGAACUUGUGGCACCGGCUGAUGUUUCUCGCUAUAACAAGAAGCGUACUGCGCCUCCAUCUCCUGUGCGGAGCCCUACCUUUCCGGAAGUGACAAACAUUAAAUUACGGAAUGUUUGUCAGGAAGAACUAAAGAGAGAAUCAGUGGAGCAUACACCCGUCUUGAAAGAUGCAGUCGCUAGUAAGAUGGCUCAUCUGGACAAUUACAGUCGAAAGACUCGCAGGGCAAAAACAAAACGAAGGGUUUCGGAAUUGGAUUCUGAUCAAGAAACUGCCGCCGACGAUGCUGUUAAAAGAAUUCUGCGCCAGCGAGGCUCAAUGAGAAGUCUUAGUGUGAUGCCAAAGCAUAACUACGGCUUGCGUAUAUCAUCGAGAAAACCGGUUUAUUGUGAGACAGACGAAAAAAAGGAGGAAGAAUUUGUUGAGAGAAAACAGGAAGACGAAACAGUUCGAAGAAAGGAGGUGCCCAGUACUUCAGUCCCUGUUGAAAAUCCUGAUAAAACUGCAGUCGCGUUGAAAUUGUUAGCCAGAUCACGAGAAAAGCGUAAUAAGCGGCGUGCAAUGUCCAUGAUAUCUCAACCAUUUGCCAGGGGAAAUCCAGUUAGCCGGAGUUCGUCGCCAGAUGAUGUCCCUAUUGUCAAGCGGAAAAGUGAAAACGUUCGCCGAUGUUAUUUUGACGAGGAUGAUAGCCAUGAUGACGAGGUCUCCCUUACUUCAGCUUCCGUGCCAGUAGCGCAGAAAAUGUCGAACGAGAAAUCCGCCGAAAAAUCUACUGUUGUUUCGCUGGCAGAGGAACUUUCGGUGCCCUCUGCGGAAAAAUAUGACACUCCUAUGCAGUGUCCGGCACCGGAAGCAACACAGAAUGCGGUUAACAGGAGCUCGGAAAAAUUCGUAGUGCUGGUGCAGCAUGAAAUGGAUGGUGCUGUGACUGCGUCAUCGACUGCUCCUGAACGGGUGGACGAGAAUGGGCGUAUGCAAGAUGAUUCUGAGGAAUGUCAUGCCGAUAUGAGCAUGGAAAUUGAACCCCACCCUGUGCAUCCCGUUCAUGUUUUUAGCCUGAACAAUUCCUCUGCAUCACUUGACGAAGGAGUGUAUUCUGAAGAAUCAGACGUGCGCGCUGAGGAUAUGGCCUCUUCUUCCGGCAUCGCAGAGGAACCGCUUUCUGAAGUACCUGUCUUUUCUCUAAGUGGUUUGGAACAAGGAAGAGUAGCCAAAGCCAUAGAAGCUUGCGCCGAACUUGAAAUGAUCAAUGUUGGCAGUCCGUCCUCAAAAGAAGUACGAUUUUUGGUUCGAUAUGCAGACGAGCGAUUGCCCCAGCACGAAGCUGUGCGCUAUGAUGUCUGCUGGAAGUAUUGUCCGCAGUUGAUGAUUUCCUAUUUCCGCUGUAUGGGAUUCGAUUCCGGAUUGCUCAGUUCUCCUAGGUGAUUAAUGACUUCUUGGUUUUCUGUUCCUUGUUUAGAGACUAACUGCAGCACCGUUUUUCCGGUGUGGUGUUAAUAUUGUUUAAUUGUACAGUUAGGUUCCUCUGAAUCACAACGUUUAUUUUGCUCACUGAUAGUUUAUUGUUUUGAUCUGAAAGAUUUAGCUUUUCUGCCAGAAGUGCGAGCGGUGUCCUUUUUCUCCUUUUAAUUGCAGAUGAUGAUAAUACUAGCAGUUAUUAGAGUAGCUUUCUGACUGAUUGAUAUUAAUUUGUGAGAUCGACCUGCUGAUUUGUGCUGGCACAACGUAUUUUGAAUUCCAAAGAAUAAAUCUCAU